AUGAAUACUCGGCAUGAUAUCAAAAUAUGUCAAUUCAAUCUGCCAUUGAUGGAGAAACUUGAUGGAGACACGAACUGUAGACUGUUUACUCCAUAUGAUCGACGUCAUGUUCCUGGAAAAAUGUUCGUUUCGACGAAUUUUGUUUGUUUUGCCAGUAGGACGGAGAGAUUAGUGUCAGUUGUGGUACCACUGAUAGAAGUGACUUCGGUCGAAGAGUGCUCUCCAGUAUCCUCUAGCCAAACAACACAAGGAAUUCUUCUAUGUCUCAAAAAUGGAUCUACAGUCAUCUUUUCUGCUGUUCCCGACCGGGAUCGUGUUCUUUCGAAGAUUACUGUAUACAUAGAACGUGGAAAAAUUGAAAGGACCAUGGAAAAAGCAAAGAAUGAUACUGAAAAAGGAAGAAGUUCAACUUCAUCUUCAAGUUCAUCAUUUGACAACCUCACUUGGGAUUAUCCUCUAAUUGAGAAGUAUCCUUUCGGAGCGGAUGCUUCAGAGAAGUGUAAAGAAAAAUGGAAUAAAUAUCUGCAAGAGUACGGUAGUGGAAUAUGCAUGUACCGAACUGUCGAACUGCACCGUCUCCUACUGGAAGGUGUGCCGCUACAACUGAGAGGUCAAAUUUGGAUGGUGUGUUCUGGAGCGGCUGCUGAAAUGUCUCUGAAUCCUGGAUAUUACCGAGAGCUAUUGCAUAAGAAUCAAGGAGUUUAUAGUGUUGCUUUGGAAGAAAUUGAAAGAGAUCUGCAUAGAAGUCUUCCCGAACAUCCCGCAUUUCAACAAGGACCUGGAAUUGAUGCGCUCAGGCGAAUUUUGACUGCUUAUGCAUUCAGAAAUCCUAAUAUUGGAUAUUGUCAAGCUAUGAAUAUUGUUGGCUCUGUACUACUUCUGUUCACAAAAGAAGAGGAGGCGUUCUGGCUUCUUGUGGCAGUUUGUGAACGUCUUCUUCCUGAUUACUACAAUACAAAAGUCGUGGGAGCUUUGGUAGACCAGGGAGUGUUCUCGGAACUCGUUGAACGUCUCUUACCAUCUGUCGGAGCACAGCUCACUCGUCUUGGACUUGAUGAUAUGGUUGCUCUUUCUUGGUUCCUCACCGUGUUUCUUUCCGCUAUCAAAUUUGAUGCUGCAGUACGAAUUCUGGACCUAUUCUUUUUCGAAGGAGCAAGACUUAUGUUUCAAGUGGCUCUCGAAAUGUUGAAAGAGAAUGAGAAACUAAUCUGCGAAUCUCGAGAUGAUGGAGAAAUUCUGAUGAGCUUAGCAAAGUAUACAGAAAGUAUUUACGAGGGAGAUAACGUGGUCGAACGGAAAUCUUCGGCUGUCACUUUGGGGACAACUAUUCUCUCGGAUUUAGAAGAAGCUGCAUCGACAAUGAUAAGCUUCAUGGAUUCAGAUACCAUCAGAACUUUUCCAAAGAUCCCAAUUGGAGAUCUUUUGGCAAAUUCCUAUCAAAACUUCGGAUACUGUUUCACAAACGAAAAUAUUGAAUCACUUCGUUUAAAGAAUCGUCUCAAAGUUGUGCAGAAUUUGGAAGAUAACCAAAUGAGAAGUAUCAUCAAAAGUAUUGGGAAAGAUUGCAAGUUCAGUAAUGAAGAGUUAGAAGCAUUAUACAACGUAGUGAAGGUAAGUGAAAGAAAUUUAUUAAUUAUGAGAAACAUAUGA